AAAAGGGUUUGCAUAUGCAGGUCGAUCUUCCCUCUCGAGUUCUUUUCUUCUUUUCUCUCUCACGCUCUCUUGUUAUUUCCGUGCGAACGUUGCCUUGGUUGAUACCACUGUCUUAAUAUUGCGCUGCGAGUGGCGAUUCAUCAUGGCUAUCAUGGAUAUUAUUCACGGCCGUCAGGAUGGCAAGAACGUCCAGAAUCUUGCCCAAGACGAUGUUGCUGUUAUUACCGAUUCCGAUGCAAACAGUCUCGAGGCUCGGAACGAGAAGGAGAUCCAGGAGCACCCAACUGAGAUCACCGCAAAUGCCUUGCCGGGCCAACAGAAGGCUGAAGCUGCUGCUCUUGUAUGGCCUAAGAGUGUAGUCUAUGCGACUUAUGCAUGGAUUUGGAUAUGUUUCUUCAUGCUCGCGCUGCAGUCAUCCAUUGGGAAUAACGUCAUCUAUAACGCAUAUUCGUCCUUCAAUGCUGCACCUCAAGUUAGCACUGCAGGCGUUUGUGCAAGCAUCGUUGGCGGUGUCCUCAAACUCGUUAUCGCCAAAGUUUUGAACAUCUGGGGUCGUGCGGAAGGCUUCCUCUUCUUCGUUCUCGUGUAUAUCAUAGGCAUCGUCGUCAUUGCAACUUGCAAAGGUCCCAAUGCCUAUGCAGCAGGCUACACCCUUUACUGGGUUGGCUACGAUGCCAUCUACCUUAUUUUGGAUGUCUUUGUCGCCGAUACCAGCGGCCUUCGCAACAGAGCAUUUGCGUUUGCCUUUGUCAGCACACCAUUCAUCUGCACUGCGUUUACGGGACCUUUGGCUGCAACAUCUUUCCUUGACAAUGGCGGUGGGUGGCGAUGGGCCUGGGGCGCAUUCGCUAUCAUUAUGCCUGUGGUGUUCGUACCUCUAGCCAUUGUUUUCAAGUUCUACCAAUUGAAGGCGGAGAAGAUGGGUAUAUUUGUGCGAAACCCCAGUGGUCGAACAACCAUGCAGUCUAUCGUUCAUUACGUUCACGAAUUUGAUGUUGUGGGCGCUUUGAUCCUGAUGGCAGCAUUCCUCCUGGUUCUUCUUCCGUUCAGCUUGGAAGGCUAUGCUUUCACAACCUUCGGCAGCGCAGAAUUCAUCGCCAUGAUCGUCAUUGGCUUCCUGCUCUUUCCCGUCUUCGCAGUUUGGGAGAAGUGGUUCACUCGGAUCCAUUUCGUACGCUGGGAACUCUUCAGGCAACGCACUGUCCUCGGAGCCUGUAUCCUUGCUAUGCUCCUCAACUUCAGCUUCUAUUCCUGGGAUCUGUACUACUACUAUUUCAUCCUCGUGGUGUAUAACCUUAACACCACGUACACCGGAUACAUGACGCAGAUUUACAACGUUGGCUCCUGCUUUUGGGGCGUGGUCUUUGGCAUCUAUGUUCGAACUACAAAGCAUUUCAAGUACGCCUGCUUAUGCUUCGGUUUACCACUUAUGAUGCUUGGAGCAGGUCUCAUGAUUCAUUUCCGUGGUCAAGAGGGCAGCCUUGGUUACAUCGUCAUGUGUCAGAUAUUUAUCGCGUUUGGCGGCGGAACUCUUGUUAUUGGAGAACAGAUGGCCGUCAUGGCAGCUGCGGACCGAGACGGAGUUCCCAUGAUGCUCUGUAUCAUCAGUUUGUUCGGCAGUAUUGGCAGUGCUAUCGGAGAUGCCGUCUCCGCCGCUAUCUACCAGCACACGUUCCCUGGCGCUCUCGAGUCUGCUCUUCCUGCAGCAGAGAAAUUCAAUGCUACAACUAUCUAUCUUGGUGGUUACUUGACGCAGAUCGAAUAUGCUGUGGGAACGCCAACUAGAGACGCGAUCAACUAUGCUUGGGGUUACAGUCAAAGGAUGGGUGCUAUCUCUGCAUGUUCUAUCCUGGUUCUUGGCUUCCCUGCAAUUGCAGUAUGGAAAAAUUACAACGUCAACAGGGCACAGAACAAGGGCACUGUCAUUUGAUCUUCUAAUUGGAGCACGUCGUAGUCAGUAGUCGAAAGCUUCAGGUGUUGCAAUUGGUUCUGGUCGUUUCCUUGACGUGACAGUUCAAAAUGUCUGGGGGCUUCUCCCCUGCUUCACGGAGAUAGCAUCAACAUCUAUAAUCUUUUCUAAUGGAAAUAUUCAUCAU